AUGGAAUACAAAAACAAUAGUAUUGUAGCAGACGCAAUGUUUGAUAUUUCUAAAACAGACUUGUUUUAUAUCAAUCUUAUAUUCAGCGGCAUCAUUCUUCCAGCUUUAUGUUUCACUGGAAUUGUGGGGAACAGCCUCACUAUUUUAAUCCUUGUUUACAAUGGACUAAGGGAAACAACCACUAUUAUUUUAACCGCUUUGGCUGUGUCGGAUCUGUUCUUCUCCCUUACACAGCUACAUUUUCCACUGGAGAACUUGGCUCGCUUGAUUGACGACGCCGUGUUUUACUACAUCUUCUCGCAUUUCACCGCCUAUGUUCUAGGAUGGAACCAGUAUGCCAUAUGCACCAGCGUACAGAUGGCUACAGUCAUUGCCGUGGAGAGAAUGAUAGCUGUGGUGUUUCCUUUCGCUGCAUCUAAACUACUUACAACAUUUAGAAUCAAGUGUAUUGUGGUUAGUUUUUAUAUAAUUUCAGCAGGAUUUUAA